AUGAAGAACAAACCAAAGAAAACUGGUCAUGUAAAGCCAGACCUCAUAGAUGUUGAUCUUGUAAGGGGAUCUGCUUUUGCUAAAGCAAAGCCUGAAAGUCCAUGGACUUCAUUAACUAGAAAAGGAAUUGUGAGAGUUGUGUUUUUUCCAUUCUUCUUCAGAUGGUGGAUACAAGUGACCUCAAAAUUCAUCUUUUCAUGGCUACUUAUUUUAUACCUCCUUCAAGUUAUAACAAUAGUGUUGUUCUGCACAGCUGAAGUUACACACAGUGUACCAUACACUGAAGUAUUUGGACCUAUCUGGUUGAUGUUAUUGCUUGGGACAGUUCAUUGCCAGAUUGUAUCAACACACACUCCCAAACCUGCACCAAGUAGUGGAGGCAAAAGAAGAAGGAAACUGCGGAAAGCAGCUCAUUUGGAAGUACAUAGGGAAGGAGAUGGCUCUAGUACAACAGAUAACACUCAGGAGAUACACUACCAGUCUGGGACAGGCACCAACUACAGUGUUGGUGCAAUCUUGAGAGAGAUCUGGCAUGCUUUUUACUUUCCAGGGUCAAAGAAAACCAAACUUUCGAUAGACAAAUCAACAGAAACAGAUAAUGGCUAUGUUUCUCUGGAUGGAAGAGUGAGUAACAAAAGCCAUGAAGAUAUUAAGGUAUUUCAUACUGCUCACUAUGAAAUGAUGGGACCUGAAGAUUACAGCUCAAUUAGAGGAACAGGAAGAAAUACACACAGUCCUGUAAACCAUAAAGAAGGAUCGAGACCAGUCAUAAAUAUAUCCGAUGAUGUUUCAAGUGAUGAAGAUGGUGAAGCUGGAUCGCAAGCAUUCACACAACGUCGGACCGGAGAACGAAUUUCCAAUGACAAUGUAUUACGGAAUAGAAAAUCUAAUCAGUAUAAAAGACACUACACUCCUGAGGAGACUGCUAAAUCUGCUACUAGUUGUAGUUCACGCAGUUCGAGACAAGAUUCAGAAAGCACGCGCCAUGAGUCAGAAACUGAAGAUGUAUUAUGGGAGGAUCUUCUGCACUGUGCUGAAUGUCGUACUUCCUGCACUAGUGAAACCGAGGGAGAAAAUUCCCACUUGAAUUCCUCGGGGAGGAAGGAAUACAGAGAUGAUCCAUUUCACCCGAGUCAUUCACCAUGGCUUCACAGCUCCAGUAUAAGUUUGGAAAGAGUAAGUGCAAUCGUCUGGGAAUGUAACGAGUGUAAGAAAGCUGAUAUGUCUGUGAUGGAAAUCAGUGGAAUGAUUAUGAAAAGAGUUAACAGCUACAAGCAAGGUAUUGGUUACCAACUAUUUGGAAACUUGAUUUCUCUGAUUCUUGGCAUCACUCCAGUUUUAUUCAGACUCUUUCAGCAAAAGGAUUUGGAGCAACUAAUGUCACUGUCUGCUGCAGAGGUGUUUUUCAUUGCGUUUGGUUCAAAUGUAAAUCAAACAGUUAUUAUGGUUGCACUAAGCUUUGUGGUGCGUGUGUGCCUCAUGUGGAUAUUUUUCUUCAUGCUGUGUGUAGCUGAGCGAACAUAUAAACAGAGAUUACUAUUCGCCAAACUGUUUGGCCAUUUAACAUCGGCAAGACGAGCCAGAAAAUCUGAAGUUCCUCAUUUUCGUCUCAAGAAGGUGCAAAAUAUUAAAAUAUGGCUCUCGUUACGUUCGUAUCUCAAGAGACGAGGUCCACAGCGAUCAGUAGAUGUAAUUGUUUCAUCUGCAUUCCUGUUGACUCUAUCUGUAGUAUUUAUUUGCUGCGCACAGUUGCUUCAUAUCCAUGAAACGUUCCUUGAUUUUCAUUAUAAUUGGGAGCUAGUGAUCUGGUGCAUCUCAUUAACAUUGUAUCUCCUGAGAUUUGUCAUGCUGGGAUCUGAAACAAAUAACAAGUACAGCAAUACCUCAAUCUUACUGACAGAACAGAUUAAUUUAUACUUGAAGAUGGAAAAAAAACCUAACAAAAAAGAAGAACUGAACUUAGUGAACAACGUUUUGAAGCUUGCAACCAAGUUGCUGAAGGAAUUGGAUACACCUUUUAGAUUAUAUGGAUUGACAAUGAAUCCGCUGCUAUAUAACAUUACCCAGGUUGUGAUUCUUUCAGCUGUGUCUGGUGUUAUUAGUGACUUGCUGGGUUUUAAUCUAAAGCUCUGGAAGAUCAAGUCUUGAUAUGCUGGAUUGUGAAUCAUAUCCCCUUGGACAUGUUUAAAUGCAGGCAUAUGGCUUUACAGCUUAUUACGCCACUUCUGACAUGUCAAAGUGCUUACAUCUACACCACUUGUGCAAUUUAUAUUUUAUCUGUUACGUGUUUCACUUUUUUGCACUUGUUUUAGUUAUCAACCUAUUUUGAUUUACAAGUAUUACUCUGUGGUCAGUUUUUAAGGAACUGUAUGUAGCAGGUCAAAUAAAAAAAGAACAAAGCCUUUUGAUAUAUUCUAUUUACAGCAAUAAAGCUUUAUGCCUGCCAUUGUGAAAGGUGUUUUGAUAGAAACAAAUUUAACUAGCAAGAAAUAUAUUUAUUUAAACAAUGGCAACACAGCUCCUGACUCUGCAUCUGCACUUUUUUUUAGUAUGAAAGUGAAACCGAGUUAUGAGAUCACUAUACACCUUUUUUAAAAUUUAGAUGGUGUUAUGUUUAAUAAUGAAUGAAGUGCAUUUUUAUGAAUGUAAUAAGACUUAUUACAAUUUUGCUCUGUUAACAUACAACUUAGUUCAUUGUAUGACUUUGAAAAUAUUAAAACUUUGUUUUCAGUGCAGCACAGAUAUGGACAGGUUAUACUGGGUAGACAAAAUAAUUACAGCAAUUUAAAAUGUGAAUAUUUUUUCUGGUAAUUAUAUCCAUUCUGAAACUUAGAAUUGACAUCAGUUUCCUACCAACAAGUGGUAUAACUGACAUUUAUUUUGAAGGAAUAAACGUACUAUAACUGAC